AUUAUCCUAGAUUAUUUUUAGAAAAAAUUAACUUACGGAAACAGUAACCAACAGCACUUUGUUGACGUUAUUUUAUGAAAGUAGGUUACUGACCCUGUGUUGAGACAUUCUAAAGCAUCAAACUUGUUUUUCGCAAGGUUCUUAAAUUAAUCAAGGUAGAUUUCUUUAAUUUAUGUUUUUUUUGGAUCUUUAUGAAUUUCUUAACUGAUUCCAUUUCUUUCUUAGAAAGCUUGUAUGUGGUAAACUAUAGAUUCCAUUGCAUUCCUGCGAAAUGAGAUGACAUAAAUAAUGUGUAGGUUCUAUCGUUUUCUAUCUUAUAUGCCUCACUAAACUUAACUUUAAAGUUUUCCUUUAUGGGAAACAUGAAAUCAAUAUCUUUACCGAAGUUUAUCUCAAAUAUAAUUCUCUCAAAUAGAGACUUUGCCACAAGUUUUGUAGCAAUAAGGUUGAAAUUACCACUACAGCUCUGAUGAAGGUAAUCUUUAACAAUCUCUUCCGUACAUAAGGUUUACAAUUUUGAAAUUAUAGCAAAACCUUGCAUGACAUUCACUAGUAUCAAAAAUCCUUUUACUGUUGAUCGACGUAUAUGAAUUAACAUUUAAAAAAAAUAUUUUUCCACUAUGGACGUGAAAAUUCUUGAGAAAUUACCUCAUGGAGGAUUUUACAAAUUCAGACAUGACCAAUUGACAAUUGUCAGGAAAAUAAGCAAUAUGGAUGACACUGAAGGAAUCAGACAAGCUAUAGAGUUGUUAAGAAAUUGGAUGCAGAAACAGGAAUAUUUUAACAAGAAGGAUCAAUCUGAUACCUACUUUGAAAAACUUCUGGUUGUUUCCAAAGGAUCCUUGGAACGCUCUAAAAUCCGUUUGGAGAAGAUUUGUGCACUAAGAACUAUUUGGCCCAUGCAUUUUAUUACUCUUAAGGACUUCAAUUACUUCACGGAGGAUUUUAAAACCUAUAACAGCGUACAUCUACGUGAUGUGACCGAAGACGGUUCCCGAGUGAGUUUGUCCAAAGUAUAUGAUACCAAAAGGCUGACUUCCGACCUACUUAUACGAUUCGUCACGUACGCGGUUAUUACCUGCGAAUACGCCAUGGCACAUGAUUAUCCGAAUGGAUUAGUAGCUAUUUUGGAUUUUCGAGACGUCAACUUGAUAGAUCUACUGGCUUUUUCUACACGCCAUUUUACUCUUCUCCAACAGUGUUUAACAAUAUUAAAGGACGGGUACGGCAUGCGGCUUAAAGGUCUACACGUGCUAACAACAUCGAAGGCAACAGAUGCUCUUUUAACAUUUGCAAAGCAAUUGCUACCAAAAAAACUUACUGGCAGAUUACAUGUGCACAGAGACAUGGAUACCCUGUAUGACUUCGUUUCCAAGGAAAUCUUGCCUUCUGACUUAGGCGGUGAAGCGCUGAGCUUAAGUGAAUUGCACGAAAACUUCAUUAAUGAACUGUUCUCAAAGGAGCACAAAGAAUGGAUGGAUGAAGCAAAUCGUGCCACAAUCAACCUAUCCAAAAAGCCGAAAGAUUACUUCAGUGAUGACUACAUCAGCAUUUCCGGCUCCUUUAGAACUUUAACUGUAGAAGGCUACGGUAUGCGAGUAAAAGCUAUCCACGUGGUAACCCCAUCAAAAGCGGCGGAUGCCUUUGUCACCUUUUUGAAACAACUGCUUACCGCAAAAGUGGCUAGUCGUAUACAUGUACACAGAGAUAUGGAAAACUUAUUUGCCCAUGUCCCUAAAAAUAUUUUACCUGUUGAUUUGGGUGGCGAAGCUCCAUCUUUGUUGGAAAUGCAGGUGUCUUGUAUUUUUACUGUACUAAAGACAUACAUCUUGUAUUUUGCAGAAAAUUUUCUUCAGGCGCUCUGUACAAAGGAGCACAGAGAAUGGAUGAAAGAAGCUCAACGCGCCACUAUCAACGAGUCUAAGAAGCCCGAAGAUUACUUCAACAAUUACUCCAUCGGCAUGCCAGGGUCGUUCAGGACUUUGAGCGUAGAUUAAUAAAAUAAUAAUUUGUCUUUAGGAAUACCUACUGAGGCAAGAAGAUAAAUCAAUAGAACAAGCAUGUAUUAGUUAAGGAUGUAUGUUUUAUAAUUUUAUGCAUAAGAUCAAGGAACUCACAGACCAAUUGGAACGUACACUGACAGCAUAAUGAUAUUUGAAUCAUGUUUUUUACCUAGUUAUCUUUAUAUACCUAGUGCGUCUCGCCCGCGCUUAUACAUGUACGAACAAGAACGAGGGAAAUGCACGAUAACUGAAUGACAUCAGUUAAAUUGCGUUCUCAAAUCAGUGUACGUUCGAAUUAGCAUGUUAGUUUAUUUAGUAUAAACUUAAAAAAAUUUAGUCGUUAGCUGAUUAGACCAUUAUUUUUUAUAGAGUUCAUAUAUUCAUAAAACAGGCUAAUUCGAAAGUACACUGAUAUCAGAAGGACAUCUACCUGAUGUAAUUUAGUGGAAUUGGUCAUAUGUUUUUAAAAUAGUUUACUUUAUUCUUUAAAGAAAUUACGUAGGUAAUUUUGACCUUAAUUAACUUGCUCACUCAUUGCACUGGCUCAAUGACGCAAACAGGAUCUUGGCCUCACUCUGCCCUAUCCUGCGCUACUACACGCCAGUUGAGUGUUAUUAGUAUAAAAGUAAUGUAUGUAAUGUAUACACUAUAUUACAUAUUAAAGAAUUCGAAAAAAAAUAGAUAUUAAUCAAAUUGUGAAAAAAUAUUUUCUAUACCUACCUACUGUUAACAUUCUGAGAGAAAAAUGGUGACUUCGUUUGAAAACAAACAGUCGCGUGUGGUCAUCCCUUUCCUCUUAAUUCCACCAUCGUUUUUGCACCUGUUCUAGCAUCAGAUGCCUAAGCAUGCGAAGCACAUCGAUUAUUAUGUCAUUAAUACUUCAUUUUUAGGAUCCGUAGUCAACUUGGACUGGACCUUUAUAGUUUUGCCAUUGCCAUGUCCAUCUGUCUGUCUGGCCGUCUGUACGUCCGCGGCUUUACUUGGUGGUCGUUAGUGCUAGAAAGCUACAAUAUGGCAUAUUUAACAGACACAGACAGUCUACUGACAUUAUACGUGUAUAUACCUAACUCAAUCAGGCUGACAAAGUUUUAAAACAAAAACUGGAAAAAAAAAACAUUAUUUAGGGUACUUCCCCUACACGUAAAGUGGGGAUAACAUUUUUUUUUAUCCUAACCUAUAGUGUGGGGUGUCAUUGUAUAGGUCUUUUAAAAGAAAUAGGUACCUACUUCAAUAAUCAUUUUUGAUGAAGUGAAUAUUUUAGACAAUGAUCUUUCACUAAGAAAAAAUAAAUAUGCGUUCUCCCCACUAAUUUUUCAAAAAAAUGUUAAAUAAAGCGUGAAAGUAAAGCUUAGUUUAAUACUUUCAAUGAAAACUUUAGCGAACCCUAUCAUCGUUGAAGCCAUUUUCGAGUUAUCGCAAAAAGUCUUACCUUUUUAGUACAAAAACAUACAAAGCGUCGCCAAGGUACUCCUUAUUGCUAACUGUACAUGAUGCUUUCUAAUAGCUCCCGUUCAAUCAAGACAGUCUAUUGUGACGGCUGGGGAACUACGGAACCCUACACUGAGU